AUGACUUUCACUGGCACACGUGUUGCGAUUGUAACUGGCGCAGCUCAGGGCAUUGGACGGGCUAUAGCGCUUCGACUUGCGCAAGACGGACUUGAUGUUGUCGUAGCUGACCUGCCUUCCAAGUCUACCCAGCUUGACGACCUUGUAACAGAAAUUGAGGCGAAGGACCGGAAAUCUCUGUCUGUGCCCACCGACGUGUCUGUCGAAGAACAGGUCGAAAAUCUCGUGCGCGUAACAGUUAGCUCCCUUGGAGGACUUGAUGUGAUGGUCGCCAACGCAGGAAUUGCUCCAGUGGGAACAUUGAUGGACACAAACCUCGACGAAUUCAACCGAGCAUGGUCUGUCAACGUCCAAGGCACUCUGCUUUGCUACAGGCAUGCCGCUAAAGUUAUGAUCGAGCAAAAGCGAGGCGGGAGAAUAAUAGGCGCUUGUUCCUUUGCAGGAAAGAAAGGGGCCUACUGUGCGACCAAGGCUGCAGUAAGGUCACUUACUCAAACCGCUGCUACGGAGUUUGGGAAACACGGAAUCACUGUGAAUGCGUAUGCACCAGGGCCUGUUGAUACAUCUCUAACCUCAGGCAUGAUUGGCAAGCUGUCUACAAUGAUCCCAUCCUCGGAUCUUAUGGACGUAACGACUGCAAUGGCCUCCUCCCAACCUCUGUUAGGAAGAACGGGUGUCCCAGAGGACGUUUCGAACUUGGUUUCAUUUAUAGCAUCGAAAGAUUCUGCCUUUAUUACGGGCCAGUCUAUGACCGUUGACGGAGGAAUGUGGUUCGACUAG